GUUGUUAAUAAAAAAAGAAUAUUCUUGCUGUUGUUGCUCAAACUCAAAUCAUUACUAUUGCAGCAGUUGUCUUGGUUUCUGGUUAAAAAUUUUUUUUAUUCUUCCUACUAAAGACCCAAACAAACAAUGUUUUCGGGUACACUUUUCGAUAAUCCAAUGGAUGAUGAUGAUGAUGUUGAUGAUCAAAUCGAAGAGGAAGAAGAUGAAUUUACAAGAAUUAAUCGUCGUCAACAACGUCGUAUUAUAAUUGUUUGGCUAGAUAAUGAUCAAAAACGUAUGGCACAUUCGAAAGAUCCACGACCACUUUAUUUUGGUGGUGAAGAAAUUAUUGGUCAUUUAUCAAUAGAAAUACAAGGUGGUAAACCGGUUCGUCAGGUAAAAUUGAUGUUAAUAAAUUUGGUACAAAUUCGUUGGUGUAAAAAUAUACAAACACAACGUAGAUCAUCGAAUGUAUCCACGGAAAAACGUCGUAAAAGUAUUUUUGCCGAUUAUUUCAACACAUCAGCCGCUCAUAACGAUGAUGAUAAACAAUUUUUUUUCGAACGACAUAAAAUAAUCGAAUUGGAUCUUCUAAGUCCAGAACGUUCAUUGGCCGAAGGUAAACAUGAAAUUGCAUUCAGAUUUCAAUUGCCAAAAUCUAGUUUACCAUCCAGUAUGAAAAGUUGUAAUGGAUUAAGCAAAUAUACGAUCGAAGCAUUUACCGUCGAUGAUCAUAAUGGUCAUGAAAGCCGUGGUGAAAAAGAGAUUAUUUUGUUGGUUCCCAAUGUUGAUCUAAUGCGACAAAUCGAACGUAAAGUAACACAUACAUUCAUCACAAAUGAUGGUAACAAUGUUGAUAUUUCGGUAAUGUUGGAUCGUAAAAUUUAUCAACCUGGUGAAAUGCUUUCACUAUCGAUAUCGAUACGUAAUGAAAGUGAUUCACCAACCGAAUGUUUAGUGGCUAUGUAUCAACGUCAAAUACUUAGAAAUUGCGAACAAACUGAUCAAAUGAAAGAACAGAUCUAUGAUAAAUGUUUGAAUGAUUCACCAAAUCGUGAUGAUAAUGAUGAAAUGAGUCAAGCAGUUAUGAUACCAAUCGAUGCAAAUAGCCAGGUACAAGAUGAACCUAUACAGAUGCGUUUACCACAUAAUCUUGUUCUUAGUCUUGAUUGUUCAUUGAUCACUAUUCGAUAUUAUGUUUUGAUUACGAUCAACAUUCCUGAAAAUAAUGAUCAAUCAAUGGAAAUUCCUUUCCUAGUUUCAAUCACAAAUCACAAUCAUUUUGGUAGACGUAUCGAUUCAGCACAACGAAUAAAUACUACUACAAGUUUACAGCGGCAAAUUUCUCGUUAAAAUUUUUCAAAUCAAAUGAAUUUAUUUAUGGUGAUUUUAUUUUAUUUUAUUUUUUGCUCAACUCAAUCGAUAACUACAUAACAACAA